AUGAAGACUUGCACGCUGUUCCGGGCCGUGGUCGCAUCCAUCGCCGCCUUUUCAAGCUGCGUCGAGGCACACGGACGCAUGCUCUCUCCCGCUAUCCGUCUUCUGCCAGGCGAUGCUGGGAAUGGCUACACUGAUGCCAACAGUGCUGCUUACCGUCUCUACGCCAAGAGCGACAAGUUGAUCUGCCACGGCUAUCCCCAGGGUCCACCGCAGACCACUCUGCGCCCCGGCAAACAGAGCAUCCACUACACCAUCACCGCCGCUCACCGUGGCCGGUGCGAGGUGUAUCUGGACUUGCACGGCGGCCAAAAUCUCUGGCAGCUCAUUGGUGCCGACGACCACUGCGCAGAUGUCAACAUUGGCGAUGCAACCAUGGACAUUGUGAUUCCGAAUGUCAAGACCAGCGACGGUGUCAUCCGCUGGAGCUGGACUGCCGACAACAACCCUGGAGCCGAGAUGCAGAACGAGUUCUUUACCAGCUGUGCCGAUGUGAUCAUCAACGGCGACGGCCCUGCUCCCCCGCCUCCAUCCCCGUCGUCCUCACGAACCCCAACGUACUCGCCCUCCUCGGCGACAAGCAAGUCCUCGACUGCUCCGUCGUCUUCCGCGGUCGCAUCGACUCCCCGGACUCUGUCCACCACCCUCUCCAAGCCCUCAUCGACAGCAUCGCCCUCCAAGCCAGUUUCCACUGCGGUCACCAAGACCAAGACGGUCACCGUGGUCUCCACCAUCACCACCACGAUUCACAGCUGCCCUCAGACGACUACUCGCAAGUACUGA